AUGGAGAGUCGCCAACCACCACCCGAGCGCUCCAGCUCAAACGAUUACAUCGACGAGACACAGUUGUCGUUCAACAAGCUUGAGGCGCAGAGAUGGGAUCGCGCGUUGGAGAGCUCACAGCGCGCACUCAACCAGUCGAUGAACUUACCCUCCUUUCAGGACCUUUGUAGCUACAGCGCACCCAUUCGGGGCCGAGAUUUUCAAGGGAGUUCAGCCUGGUCUGAAGUCAGUAUGAGCGGUGGCCUAGGUGAUGACACUUUCCAGUCUCCUUCUAGCGAUACUACUGUUAAGUUGAGCAGCGGCUACAAGGAACUCGAGGACAGCAGUGCCUGUACCUUCUUUCCGACGCCUUUCACCGUGGCCGCGACAUCAGAGACGGGUGCUACGAACGGUUCCGCAUCCAGUGAUUCUGAUAUCUCACCGUUAUCUCAGCGCCAGUCCUCCGCCGGCGUCGCGGUCGAGUCACCUUUUCGACCUGAGUUCGGCGGUCCAGUCCAGACUCCAGCCAACCACGGCAUGAGGUGGUCUCCUGCGCAGCUGCAGAAAGAUAUCGCACGAAACUCCGACAGCUUCUACUCCCACCCCAGCAUAGCCAAGACUCAUGUUCCCUCCCGUCCGCAGUCAACAUUCCCCAUUCCACGAAACAUGCCUUUCGAGGAGAUGGUCGUACCGCGCGGACCGAACCUGCAUCAGCGAAGGCUCGAUGCAAGAGUGUCAAGCUCCCCGGGUAUACCGUCACCGCUGGGCCCUGGACGCAUGCGAGAGCAGCUCCACGAGGGAGACCUUGGAGACGUGUCGCUCUCACCGGUCCCGAACGGACGUCUCCACACGAGCGAUAAGAUGAAGUACGGGAAGACCAAGUCAAGCAACAAGGAUACAAAGAACGCCUGGCAGAACACCCCGUCUCCACAUUCACCUACCGUGCAGCGCUACGCAUCCAGCAGCUCGAUCGACUCGCCCAUGUUCGACGUAUACCCGCGAAGCGCUGAGAUAGAUGGAGAAGGGAACUUGACACUGGGUGGUUCGCCUGGGAUGAGCUUCAAGCCCUAUGGUCCACCAUCCGGGUUUGGCAAUGUUCGGAUGAGUGAAACUCAGCCCUUCGAUCGCCCGUCAAGUGUCAUUGUGUGCGAAGCUCCUCUACCCAUACCAUCCCCAUCUGAGACUCGCAUGAAGAGCGGCUUCAAGCCCUUCGUACCCUCAUCUCAGUCAUUCGGCAAGCCUUUCAUGCCCUCAUCUCCGUCGUUCGGCCAACCGCUUCGUACAUCCUCCACCGCAACAUGGCCCACCUCCGCGCCCGCGACAUCCGGCUUCGCCACCCCAGCCUCGACAGAAGACCCUCACCCUCCACAUGAACCAGGCUUCCAAGCCCGUCUACCCCUCCGCUCAAACCUACCCAUCCCACCCCCACCCCUCUCCUCCAUGCAAGGCCAGUACGAACAUUCUCCCAAAGCCCGCGCCCGUCUCGACGCCCAGAAGCCCAUCCGCUCAGCCUGGAUCCGCUCCGAAGCAUCCAAGAUAGCCCAACUAGCAAAACUGCGCCACGCUAUGGAAAAGCGGUACUUGAAAACCCGUUCGGACAAAGACUACGAAGCUUGGCAAACUCUGCAAGCCGCCUACGAUGACGCUACGGACCUGGAGAAGAGGCAGGAAGAGAGGCGGAACCUUUUCCUUAGAGAGAAGAAGAUGGAGGCUUUGAAGACCGAUAAGACGGAGGAUAUGUCUGCUGCUGCGAGUCGUGAUGGUGUUGGGGCGGAGGGAGAGGAGAAUGAGAAGUUGCUUGGGUAUAAGAUGGCGCUUAUGGAGCGUGUGUGUGCGGAGGUUAAGCCUGAUGGGGAUGAGGAGGAGGCUAUUACUGCCGAGAUGUUGGCGACGUUGAGUAAGGAGGAGAAGAAGGCUAUUCGGAAGCUGCUCGUUGGUCGUAUGGAGCGGAAGGCUUGA